GGCUAAAUGAGCUAUUAAACCAGCGGAAGUCGGUGAUGACGGGAUUGGGCAGCUGGCAUUCCUUCGGUAGCUCAAUGGCAGCCGCAGGCAGCGCCGUUGUGAGAAGGACGCUCGCAAGAGCAAUAGAGGAGACCAUUUUGUGAGGAAUUGAUAUGGCUUCCAUAAUUAAUUUUCUUUCCUUACAAUGCAGCCAGUCCUCGUCGCAACCUUGCUCGCUAGCACGGCCAUGGGUGCUGCCACUCUUCAAGAACUUUCUCGCUGUGGCACAACUGGAAUCACCAACGCUCAACGUGCAAACCACGAGACUGCAGCGUCUGCAGAAGCUGCUGCUGCAUCCGCCGGUCUUACCACCAGAGCGAACCUCAUUAUCAAUACAUACAUCCACAUUGUUGCCUCUACCGGCGCCAAGGCCAAGGCUGUCGCUGACAAAACCGUGGCAAACCAAAUGAGCGUGCUAAACGGCAACUAUGCCCCCAGCGGUAUAUCAUUUAGACUCCAGAAAACCACUAGAACUGCCAAUUCGAACUGGGACGUCGACGGCGACACGCGCACAAUGAAGAAGGCCCUGCACAGUGGCCAAUACAUUGACCUGAACUUGUACUUCCUUGAAAAAGUCGGCACAAACUAUGGCUACUGUACGUUCCCUCAGGGCAAUGUCGCGGCCGGUGACGGAAUCUGGACCGUAGAUGAAUGCUUGAUCCGCGCCGACACGAUGCCUGGUAACGCGGGCCCAUAUGGCGAAGGCAAGGCGGCAGCCCACGAGGUUGGCCACUGGUUUGGCCUCUUUCACACCUUCCAAGACGGCUGUUAUGGAGGCGAUGAGGUCGCCGAUACUCCUGCGCAGGCUACCUCGACCCAUGGAUGCCCUGUUGGCAAGGAUACAUGCCCCAGUCUGCCUGGACUGGAUCCCAUUCACAACUACAUGGACUACAGCUAUGACUCGUACUAUGAGGAGUUCACCAACGGCCAGCAAGAGCGGAUGCACAGCAUGUUUAACAUGCUUCGAAAGGGUGUUUGAGUUGGGGGCUUAAGUAGGCAGUCAUGAAUAUGACGGUAUUAUAUUUGCCAGGUGAUCUGGUAGAAUAGUUACUACUAUACGCUGUAUAUAGCUGACUAGGAACAAGAAGUAAGACAC